AUGUCCGAUAUUCUUCGAUCCCCUAUCUUUCCUGAAGAGUCCUUGACUCUCACCAGCGGGAACGAGAACGAAAUCGGCGACACGUUGGUUCCGCAGCUUCCGCCGACAGCGUUGGCUCGCAAUUCCUCGUUGGAAAUAUAUGUUGUUCCGACCGAAGAUACAUUGUUCGUCCAGGGCUUUAAGCCGGUCGAGUACGAGCUGAGGCCGCCCUGCUUGCUCCGGGGGCUGCUUGUGCUCCGAGUGCUUCGGCCGACAAAAAUCAAGUCUGUUGUUCUUAAUUUUAAGGGUGUGAUGCAGACGGAUUGGCCGGAGGGUAUCCCGCCCAAGCGGAACGUGUAUGAAGAGUCGAGAGACAUCGCGCUGCACUCGUGGCCGUUUUAUCAGGCGGAUGUGAAUUAUGGAAAUCACGGUGCCAGCAUUUUCGUUCCUUGCGCGGGUAGAUCUUCAGAUGAGGCCCUUCAUUUGAGCAUGGACCAUGCUCCCUCGCAGCUGAGCAGCAUCCAGUCGCCCAAUGCUCUCGAGUCGGCCUCGCACUUCGCUGCGAGUCUCAUCAAGCGCGCGACUUCUCCCUUGGGGCUGUCGUCAUCGCCCACCAUUACUCCUGUGGCUUCGUUCACAGAUUUGCAUUCAGUCAUGUCCUCUCCCUCGGUGGAGCAGCCCAAGCCCGGGUGGUUCAUGCCUGGAGACUACGUGUACAAUUUCGAGCAUUUGAUCCCCGCGCUGUCCCCUGAGACAAUCAAGGCUACUUUUGGUAGUGUCAAUUAUUGUUUGGAGGCCGUCGUGUCUAGGCAGGGCACGUUCAAACCCGUGCUCAAGGGAAAGCUCCCUAUAAAACUUGUGAGGGUGCCCACGGACAACAGUGUGGAAGAGAAUGAGCCCAUUGUCAUUGAAAGAGAUUGGGAUGACCAUUUGAGGUAUGAGAUUGUGGUUGCCAGUAAAUCGGUGGUCCUUGACUCCUACCUACCGUUAUCUCUUAAGUUCAUUCCACUUCACGGCAAGGUUGCAUUGCAUCGUAUUCGUGUCUUCAUCAUCGAGGAAUGUAACUAUUACUGUCAGAAUAAGAAGGUUCACCGUACAGAACCCUCGCGAAAGUUCUUAUUGCUCGAGCAUAAAGCAAGUAAAUCCCAUUCCCUUCUCAACAAAGAUGGAACCAUUGAUGACUCUCCCACAUCGACCACUGAAGUGCUUCCCCGUGAACUCGAGUUCCAAAUGUUCGUUCCCAACACCAUUAACAAAAAAUUUCACUUCCAAAUUAAUCCUGACACUGCUGUCGAGAGUAUACAAUGUACUCACUGGAUCAAGAUUUGUUUGCGUCUUUCGAGGCCAAACCCAGAUAAUGGCGGCAAAAGAAAACAUUUUGAGAUUUCCAUUGAUUCGCCAAUCCAUUUGUAUUCUCCGUUGGCAGCUCAUAAUAACACUUUGUUGCCUAUCUACGAGCGAGAGCCAGAGUUCCUUCCCCAGUACGCUGAAGACGCACCAUUAUCACCUGACGUCACUGCAAUUGAUGCAAAUCACCCUGGUUCGAGUUUAAACAUGCAGCUUUCUUCGUGUAGUCUCCUGACCAUGGUCAUACCGAAGGAUCCUUCGCUCAUCGAGUUUCAGCACAUCGCCAGUCCCACAAACAUUGGCUAUGCGGAAAUGGACUGCGACGUUCAUUUAUCUUCUAAUUUGUAUCAACCUGAAGACGAGUCAAUUUUGAGUAAGAUUGUUGCACCACAAGCAAUGGCGUAUAGUCCUUUGGCAUCACCUUGCAGGAGUCCUUCGACCAGAACAUUGGCGCCGUCUACGGCUCCUCCCCUGUUUAGUUCACUUGGUAUUACUGAAAACACCCUACCACCAGCAUAUGAUCAUCAAAACAGUGGACUCAGCCAAUCUCCUUUGGCAUUAAACAUGAAUUCUGAUCCGACAAAUCCUCAAGCAGUCAAUGCGCAAAGCAUACGGGAUAGACUCAAUGAGCAACUUUCGAAAAGUCACAAAAAGAGCAGCAACUCAUGUCAGUCUUCGUUUAUCAGUGAUUCUGCAUCAUCCAAAUCCAAGGAUAGCAAAAAUAACAAUAGCUCUCUGAACGAUAGCUUCCCCAAGGACUCUGACAGUGUCAUUGGUGAAAGCAAUGAAUCUGAACAUAUGAACUCGUCCGAGACAAGCCGGGACGAGUGUAAGAGCAAGAAUACCACCGAACUGAAUGUCCCUCUGCAAAAUGAUCUUGGAACGGGAGAUGGGACAAUCGAUGAAGCGCAUGUAGAUCGGGAGAGUAUUGUCGAUAUUGCAGAUUUGGAGCCUCGUUCGAGGAGGUCCUCGGUGUCUCUGUCUUUGUAUCUGAAAGCUGGCCUGAACGAUUUACAUAUAGACCAGACACUCCCAUUGCUUGCACAAUCGACCACUAGUGUUUACGAUACUGAUAUUCCUAUGGGCACUUAUGUUGAAGACUCUGUCACUGACCUUGUUGGAGUAAGAUUCGAUGAUUUCCAUUUCAAUGAUUCAUUGGGACAAUUGAGAAAUCCUCGUCUCGAAAAACACUACCAAGACUUAGCGACCACUGAAACUCUCGAAUGCGACAGGCGGAAUAGAGAAAGAAGCUUCGGUGUCGUUAUGAAAGAAUCUUGA